AUUGAGCGUACCAGUCUUGUAUUCCAUAUUCUACAGCAGCUACUUCGAGAGAGAUCCGAGGCAGCCGAUAACCUCACUAUUGCGAAAAAAAUUCUACAUCCUAUUCGUCGCCUUCCAACGGACGUGCUCAGAGAAACCUUCUUAGCAUGUGUAGAAUCGCCAGUGCAGUGCCUCUUUUCUAAUUUCAUUGUCGAUUCAAUGGAUUUGCUUCAAGGACCGUGGGCCGUAUCUCAUGUUUGCCGUAGAUGGAGGGACAUUGCUAUAAAUACUGCCAGGCUCUGGUGUUGCAUGAGCUUGUUUUUUUCAGCACCC